GAUCAUGGCUCCGUGGCCUGAGGUGGAAAAGCCUGAAACCAAUAACUAUAUUGGGGACUCUUCCAAACAAAACCGGAACAUGGCUGGGAAAGAAGGAGAAAAUCACAAAGGCAACGUGGCUUCACUUGGAAAUAAAGGGGAGAUUCAACCUGCAUUUUCCACAAUAGCCUUGGUAGAUGAGACAAGGCCAGAAGACGACGACCCAUGGGCUCUGCCGGAACUGCAGGACACUGGGGUCAAGUGGUCAGAACUGGAUAGAAAAGGAAAAAUCAUUCGUGUACUCUACGGGAUAGGGAAGUUUAUUAUGCUACUUGGAUUACUCUACUUGUUCGUGUGUUCUCUGGAUGUACUGAGCUCUGCUUUUCAACUGGUAGGAGGUAAAGCAGCAGGGGACAUUUUUCAAGAUGAUUCAGUGCUGUCUAAUCCUGUUGCGGGAUUGGUGAUUGGAGUUCUGGUGACUGUUAUGGUCCAGAGCUCCAGCACUUCUUCAUCCAUUGUGGUCAGCAUGGUGUCCUCCACACUGCUGAGUGUUCGAUCAGCUAUUCCUAUCAUAAUGGGGGCAAACAUUGGCACCUCAGUUACAAACACGAUUGUGGCACUUAUGCAAGCCGGGGACAGGAAUGAAUUUAGAAGGGCCUUUGCUGGGGCAACAAUCCAUGAUUUCUUUAACUGGCUUGCUGUGUUUGCAUUGUUGCCCAUAGAAGUUAUUUCUGGCUAUCUUUACCAUCUCACCAAUGCUAUAGUUGAGUCCUUUCAUCUUGAAAGUGGUGAGGAUGCCCCUGAGCUACUAAAAGCUAUCACAGACCCCUUUACAAAGCUCAUCAUUGAGCUUGAUAAAUCAGUAAUAAAUGCAAUUGCUACAAAUGAUGAAUCAGCAAAAAACAAAAGCCUGGUAAAGAUUUGGUGUGUAACUGAAGCCAAUAUGACACUGCAGAAUGUCACAAUUCCACCUUCAGAAAACUGCACAUCUCCUGACCUUUGCUGGACUGAAGGAAAUUCAACAUGGACCAUCAAGAAUGUAACUGAAACAGAAUAUAUCAGUAAAUGCCGGCACCUCUUUGCAGACUCAGACCUGCCUGAUCUUGCCAUCGGUCUCAUCCUUCUGGCUUUGAGCCUGUUUGUUCUGUGCUCCUGUUUGGUGAUGAUCGUUAAGCUAUUAAACUCUGUCCUUAAAGGACAAGUGGCGAGCGUUAUCAAGAAGACAAUCAACACUGAUUUCCCAUUUCCUUUUACUUGGCUAGCUGGAUACCUGGCUAUGCUCGUAGGGGCUGGUAUGACCUUCAUUGUCCAAAGUAGUUCUGUUUUCACAUCUGCUAUUACACCCCUUGUUGGCAUUGGCGUUAUAAGCAUUGAGCGCUCUUAUCCCCUUACCUUAGGAGCUAACAUCGGCACAACCACGACAGCUAUACUUGCAGCUUUAGCAAGUCCAGGGAGUACAUUAAAAUAUUCAUUACAGAUUGCCUUGUGCCACUUUUUCUUCAAUAUCUCUGGGAUUAUUCUGUUUUACCCACUACCUUUUACACGGCUGCCAAUCCGCAUGUGCAAGACCUUGGGAAAUGUAACAGCCAAGUACAGAUGGUUUGCUAUAUUUUAUCUUCUCAUAUGCUUCUUUCUUUUGCCUUUGUUUGUAUUUGGUCUGUCACUGGCAGGCUGGCCCGUCCUUUUGGGUGUUUGCCUUCCCCUGUUUGCUCUUUUUAUUGCUGUGAUUGUAAUUAAUGUUAUGCAGUCGAAGCGACCACAUUCACUGCCUGAGAAGCUCCAAAAUUGGGAUUUCCUACCCAUCUGGAUGCACUCCCUAGAGCCCUGGGACAACAUAAUUAUGUCUUCGCUCUCCUUUUGUGGGAAACACUGCUGCGGCUUCUGCAAGUGCUGCAAAGUCAAUGCAGAACAGGAGGGUGCCAAAGACAAGCAGUUAAAAACUAUGGAGGUUUAUGAAAACACCAUUGCAAUGGCUGAUGAAGAAAGAGGUGGAAGAAGGGCACCAGCUGCAGCUUGUGUUGAAAAAACAGGCACAAACAACACAGCCUUAUAGUAGCAGAUCAGCCCAUAUUAGCAGAGAUACAGCAUAGGACAGUCAGGCUCUUGAAAACCACCUUGGACAAUGCACUGAGGAUAGAGUGAACAUUUUGUUAGGUUCCUGCAGCCAGUGAUAUAUCACUCAUCAAGGAAUGGAGUCAAACAAGCUUGACAG